CAGCUCUCCGCCUGGGAGCUCAGAAUGGCCCAAAGGCGGAGGCUGCGGUGGGACCGGUCGGCACCAUGACGCUCAGAGGCUUCGUGGUGGCCCUGAUGCUGGGGACGCUCCGUGGGGUGAACGCUGUGGAGAGGAGCCCAAAGUCCUGGCUGCCUGCUGCUUUUCCGCGGCCCCCUAGCCACGUCCCGCCCGCUGCACUGGGAGCGCCCCGACGGCCUCCUGGCCAGCCCUUCCAGCGCCGCCAGUCCCCUGCCUCCGCGCCCCUGCCACUGUUUUUGGCUCCGGCCCCCGGCCUGGGACAGCAGCGAUACUCGAGUAAGAGCCGGGACUUCGAUGCAGGGGGCGGACAGUGUUGCUUCCCAGGAAACCCUAGGGACCGUUGUGACUGCAGACAAGGGUCAGUGCGUCUCCGAGGUGGAGAAAAUGACUUUGAAGGUACCGUAGAAGUGUAUUUCGGAAGAGUUUGGGGCAUCAUCUGUAGCAGUGACUGGGAUGACAGGGCUGCUGCUGUCAUCUGUCGCCAGCUGCAGCUUGGGGCCAAAGGAACAGCCAAGCGGACCCCAAUGUCUGAACUGGGCCUUAUUCCCGUUCACUGGAGCAACAUCCGCUGCCGAGGAGAUGAAGACAGCAUAGUGCUUUGUGAAAGAGAUGCUGGGCCCCAUGGAACGUGUCCCCAGAAGAUGGCAGCUGCAGUCUCGUGUAGCGCUUACCAGGGUACGGCGACGAUAACCAAGGAUUGUCUCAUUUCACUUUUGCUGUGCUUUCAGCAGAACGAGCAGAAGACGUGGAACCAGGAGGGAUCAGCUCCCGCCUGGACCCCGUUGCGGCUCGUGGGUGGGCGCAGCCUCCACGAGGGCCGUGUGGAGCUUUACCACGCAGGGCAGUGGGGCACGGUGUGUGAUGACCAGUGGGAUGACGCGGACGCUGAAGUGGUCUGUCGCCAGCUCGGCCUGAGUGGGGUUGCCAAAGCAUGGUCCCGGGCUUAUUUUGGGCAAGGAUCUGGCUCCGUGAUAUUGGAUGAAGUUCGAUGUACGGGAAAUGAGCUUUCCCUGGAGCAGUGUCCCAAGAGUUCCUGGAGAGAACACAACUGCGACCACCAGGAGGAUGCUGGGGUCUCAUGCACCCCUCUGACAGAUGGGGCCCUGAGACUAGCAGGCGGGAAGGGCAGUCAUGAGGGACGGUUGGAAGUGUAUUACCGUGGCCGGUGGGGCACCAUCUGUGAUGAUGGAUGGACAGAGAGGAACACCCAGGUGGCUUGUCGGCAGCUGGGAUUUAAGUAUGGCAAACAGGCCUCCAGUCGCCAUUUUGGAGAAAGCAUGGGGCCCAUUUGGUUGGAUGAAGUCAGCUGUUCAGGAAAGGAGACAGCUUUCCUUCAGUGCUCCAGAGGAAAGUGGGGAGAACACGACUGCAGUCACCAAGAAGAUAUUCACAUCACUUGCCAUCCGGACAAUGAUUUACACAAAUUCUCUCUGAGUUUCCCUAUCCGGCUGAUGGAUGGAGAGAACAAGAAAGAAGGACGGGUGGAGAUCUUUGUCAAUGGGCAGUGGGGAACAAUCUGUGACGAUGGAUGGACUGAUAAAGAUGCAGCUGUGGUGUGUCGGCAGCUCGGCUAUAAGGGCUCUUCUAGAGCAAGAACCAUGGCUUACUUUGGGGAAGGAAAAGGGCCAAUCCAUGCCGACAAUGUGAAGUGCACCGGAGGGGAGAGGAACCUUGCAGAUUGCAUCAAACAAGACAUUGGAAAGCACAACUGUCGCCAUAGUGAAGAUGCGGGCGUCAUCUGUGACUAUUUUGUCAAAAAAGCAUCAAGGAACAGUCAUAAAGAUUCCCUUUCAUCUGUUUGUGGUCUGAGGUUACUCCACCGAAGGCAGAAGAGGAUCAUUGGUGGGAAAAACUCUUUACGGGGUGGCUGGCCCUGGCAGGUUGCCCUUCGGCUGAAGCUGUCCCAUGGAGACCGCAGACUCCUUUGCGGGGCCACGCUCAUCAGCAGCUGCUGGGUGCUUACUGCUGCUCAUUGUUUCAAGAGGUAUGGCAACAACACUCGGAACUACGUCGUUCGGGUCGGGGAUUAUCACACACUGGUGCCAGAGGAGUUUGAGGAAGAAAUAGGGAUCCAGGAGAUUGUGAUUCACCGGCAGUACCGGCCUGACAGCAGUGACUAUGACAUCGCCCUAGUGAGGCUGCAGGGAUCUGAGGAGCAGUGCGCCACAUUCAGCAGCCACGUCCUGCCCGCCUGCCUGCCUCUUCCACGAGAGAGGCCACAGAAAACUGCACCCAACUGUUACAUCACUGGAUGGGGAGAUACCGGACAAGCCUAUUCGAGGACCCUCCAGCAAGCAGCCAUCCCCUUACUUCCCAAGAGAUUUUGUGAAGAGCGUUACCAGAGUCGCUUCACAGGGAGGAUGUUGUGUGCCGGAAGCCUACAGGAACAGAACCACGUGGACAGCUGCCAGGGAGACAGUGGCGGCCCCCUGAUGUGCCAACGACCUGGACAAAGCUGGGCUGUGUUUGGAGUCACUUCCUGGGGUUACGGCUGUGGCAUUAAAGAUUCUCCAGGUGUUUAUACCAAAGUCUCUGCCUUUGUACCCUGGAUAAAAAGUGUCACUAAACUGUGAAGAGGGCAGCAUGGCAGCUUCAAGAGAAAAGGACCUGGGGGUUCGGGAGAGCUGGAAAUGAAUGCUAGUCGACAGCUGAAAGCUGUGGCCAGCCCACGCUCGCUUUCCUUCUUGCUAUCAUGAUUUUCAUUUAUAAAUCCUGGAUGUAGGCUGUAUAUCCGUUACUUUUGUUUCAGGCCUCCUGUGCACACAGAAAUGACUUGGCAUCAAGCUGAGGCUUGUCGGGGUGGCGGUUGGAAUGCCUCCCUUUCAGUACUGACUGCAGAAAACAGCAUUCGAUUUGUCUCAACUUGUAGACCGAAUUCCCUCUUGCCGUUUGCCACCGUGGACGUUCUUUAUGAUCUCAUCUUAUUCCACAGCAUUUCCCCCAAAGGUAUCAGGCUUCGAGCCUUCUGCAGAACCUCAAAAACGUGCUCAGAUAUUGGAAUGGCCUUUUUAAUUUCAGUCAGUCACCCAAUUUUAAUGUCCGUGUGGCUGAUUCAAAAUACAUAGUUAUUCUGAUUCCGUGGGGAAAUGAGCUACCCUUUGCUUAUUACUCCCAAAUGCAGCCUGGCAGGAAGACAUGGAUCCCUGAAGGCAGGAAUAGCCCUAUUCAAGCCUAGCUUCUGACACAUCCUGGCUGUCAGACCCCAGGCCGGGCCAAGGCCCUUCCUCUCGCGGUGUUCUAGGCAAUCUUCUCAGGCCAGAAGGGCAGACUGCCAACUUGCACUGGUGGAAGGCAUUUCUUCACCUGGGAAUCCUCUAAACCCAUGAAAUUGGAUUGUCCUCCCUAAUGUCCUGCAAGUUAAUAUGUGGCGAGGCAAAGCUAAAAAGACCUCAAGGCCGGUCUGCAUUUUCCCAGUAACAUGUGGAGAAGGGGAAGGAGAUGCAAAGCAGAUCUACGAGAGCUCACAUUCACAAGCUGCAGACAUUUCAGAAUCGCAGCCUUGAGACUGCUGUUCAGUCCCAUUCCACACUGCUGCCUGAAGGUCCUUGUAAACAUGUGUCUUGGUCAGCACAGGGUCAAGAUCAACGUUGACUCAGGCUGCCCAUCUGGUGCCCCACCAGAAUGCAAAAGGGACAGCUCCCCAAGAAGCUGUUCAAAUCACAACAGGAGCCACAGUGCAAUUCUUUGUUCUCGUGUUGGAAGUAUUUAUAACAUGGUAUCGCUAUGAUUUGGGCUCUUGGCUUAUCUCCUCACUGGUAACAGAAUGCUUCCUUGCUUCCUUUGAGCAAGAUUCUCCCGACUGCCCCGCAAUGCCUGAUGAUCAAGGGGUGGAAGGUAUCGUUUGCUCUUAAAAAGGUUACAGAUGAAAAUCUGGGUCAGAAAUACUCGUGGGCAGCACGUUCCCGUAUAUACCUGGGUAAUUUAUUCUGAUUAAAAAUUUCGCUGACCUUCAUCUGCCAUUAGGGCAUCAAUUAGGGAUUCUCUUGACAGGUUUCAAACCUCGAAGGGUUUUGUGCCCAAUGUACUAUGGGAAUAUUGCCAUAAAUCAAACCCCAAAUUCCUAUGGCUUCUUGCAGGCCCUUUCCACCAUAAUAUCAUGUUCUAAUAUUUAUCAAGGAAUUUCUGAAACUGGGCCUUUCUUCCUGAUGUCUUUGAAAACCCUCUUUGAACCUGCAACUAGAAUAGCUAGUAUUGGCUCUGGUUGUUGGUUUCUGUUUUAAUAUUUUAUAACCAUUGUCUUCCACCUAAAAAGGCAGGUGAGCUUUUUAUAUCCCAGAGGCACACUUGGGUGGUCCUUUUAAAAAUAUGAUCACUUUACAUCCGGAACCCCGACUCCCCUCCUCAUUUUCUGGCUAUGGGGAUGAGUUCCAGCUCAUCCCACCCCAAUGAGUGCCACUCACAUCCCAACUGUGCCAGGAUACCUGUCCCAGCAUUUUCUCGUGGUUUACUUGUAGUGGCUUCGGGGAACUUUCUCAACCUUCCCAUUGUUACUCCUCAUGGAUCCGGUCUGUCGUUCUGCUCAUGCCCCAGUGGUACAGAGUGGAAGGCUACUAUAUACAUGGGGAAAUAUUGCCUGAAAAGUCCUGUUGCUAGAAAGUAUUAAAGGGGAGUAGCAAAAAAGAAAAUCAGUGCUCUCAUUGCCCCAACAAAAUGAAGUGUACAGAAUCCAGGGAAGCGGUAGGACAUACAUAUCGGAUGCCAGCCCUUUUUCCUGUUAAUAAUAAAUUACUUAUCCUUUUUUGUAUGAAAAA